GUAGAUUUACCAGUUUAAACUUUAGUUAGUGUUAGAGCGAAGAGAGCGCCAUGACAGGUUAACGAAGAAUCAACGGUCAAAUUUUUAAACCAGUAAGUGUAAAUGCGAAAAUGUUGCAUGACUAGUGACUAAAACAAUAAUCAAACAACGAAGCCCGAUCUAAUGAACGUUAAAAAGUGCUAAUUUGAAUCGAGUGGAAAAAGUGAGGUUAUGUCAACACUUCCGUGUUUAUGUUUAUUUGCGAAGUGCGGCGAAUGAGAAUCGACGAUGUCCCGACAGGAGAAGGCCAAAUCCGGGAGCUUUUUGGAGUCAUGGUUCAAGGGCGGAGGCGCGAAGAAAGCGCCGGGGUCGCGGCCUACGUCGCAGUCGUCGAUGCUGAGGCCGACUUCGGAAAGCGAUUUUCCAGAGGCAGAUGAUAACGCCAUUCGGGCUUUCGAAGAUCAGGUCAACAAGAUGACCGAGAAGGAAGUCAACGUCAAGUUCGAUGAGCUCCUGAGCGAUAUGAACUUGAACAACGACAAAAAAAUGCCUCUGACUAAAAUGUCCCUAGAGCAGAAGAGGAACAUGCUAAUCUUAAAAUGCAAAGGCUCCAACCAAGACGUAGGCCACAAAUUCGAUAAACCCCAAGACUACAUUUCGUAUUUAGAGCAAUAUUCAAAACCCGACAUGCUUAACUUAGGCAAAAUACUUACCUGCGUAGAGUCUUUAAGAAUAGCUUUAACCAACAACCCUCUAAGCUGGGUCAGAGAAUUCGGAUCGCACGGAAUGAGGUCAAUUUUCAAAAUCCUGGACCUGAGCUUGAAAGAAAAAGACACGAAAAUCCAGAACGAAUGUCUCCGCUGCGUGGAAAAAUUCAUGAACAACACCGACGGCCUGAAGAAUUUUUUGAAGUACGAGAAAGGCCACGAAGUCGUCGCCGACUGCCUGGACCACAGGAAACCGCAAGUGAUGAUUCAAGCCCUGAAAAUCUUAGCCGCUUUGUGCUUUCUGGAAGACAAGACUUCCGGGACUUUCGGCGUUGAUAAGAUGUUAGCUGCCAUUACGAAAGUCUCCGAUUCCAGGAACAUGCCGAGGUUUUUGCCAAUCGUCAACGCCAUCACCAAAUCUGGGAAUAACGCAGACUUACAGAGUAUGUGUUUUCAAUUUAUUAACGCACUUUUGUCCCAAACCGAUGAUUUUGAGUUUCGGAUGCAUCUACGCAACGAGAUCGUCCGGAAUGGACUAUACGAUUCUUUAGUUGAGUUAAAAAAUGAAACUAACCCUGUGAUUAAAAACCAGUAUGAGAUUUUCGAAACUCAUAAAGACAACGAUUUGGAUGAAUUACACGAACGUUUUGACAAAGUGAGGUUAGAUAUGGACGAUAUCCAAGACUGCUUCGAAGUAUUAAAAAAUACAACACUAGAGACUGCCGCAGAGCCUUAUUUUUUAAGUAUAUUGCAGCAUUUAUUGUUUAUUAGGGACGACAUUAAUAUAAGACCAGCCUACUUCAAAAUUAUAGAAGAAUGUGUAUCGCAGAUAGUUUUACAUAAGUCUGGAUUGGAUCCAGAUUUCUCUAGGAAGCAUUUCGAUUUAGAUUUACAACCGCUAUUAGAUGAAUUAAAAGAUAAACCCCAAGAGAUCGAGAACAGCAAAAUCGAAGACCUCAAAAAGCAACUCGAAGAAGCGCUGGGAGCGAAAGCCGAAGCCGAAGCUAAACUCGAAUUGAUAAUGCGCAACCCGGAGAAGGCCGGCGGAAAAUUAGAUCCAUCGAUGGUAAGCCACGUCGCGAACGCCCUCAACACGCCACCCCCGCCUCCGAUGCCGGGAGCGGGAGGAGGACCGCCGCCUCCACCAAUGCCCGGUUCCGGCGGACCGCCGCCUCCUCCAAUGCCUGGAAUGGGCGGACCACCACCGCCACCAAUGCCUGGAAUGGGCGGACCACCACCGCCACCAAUGCCAGGAAUGGGAGGCCCGCCACCGCCACCGAUGCCAGGAAUGGGAGGACCACCGCCUCCUCCGGGACCGCCUCCCCCGCCAGGCAUGGGACCGCCGCCGCCACCGUUCGGCGCCCCCAGAGGAGGAGUGGCGCUGCCGGGAAUGACAGACGUGUUGCCGCACGGCCUCAAACCCAAAAAGAAGUGGGACAUAACCGGACCGUUGAAGAAGGCGAAUUGGAAAACGAUUACGCCUCACAAGAUGUCCGAAAAGGCCUUCUGGGUUCAAGUCCAAGAAGAGCAACUCGCCUCCGCCGAGAUCCUAGACGGGCUUGCGAAAAAAUUCUCUUCGAAACCGGCGAAAAAGCUCGAAGACUUGUCAGAGAACGGCACCGCGCACACCGGCACGUUGAAAAAGGUCAAAGAGUUGAAGGUUCUGGACGGAAAAGCGGCGCAAAACAUCAGUAUAUUGUUAGGGGGUUCCCUCAAGCACAUGUCUUACGAUACCAUCACCAAGUGUCUACUGCAAUGCGAUGAUCAAGUCCUGACGGAAAACGUGACCGAGCAAUUAAUCCAGUACUUGCCGCCGGCCGACCAACUGUCAAAGUUGCAACAAUUCAAGGACAAGUACAAGGAGCUGACCGAAGCCGAGCAGUUCUGCGUGAAGAUCUCCGAAGUGAAGCGAUUGUUGCCGAGGUUGAAAUCGCUCAGCUUCAAACACCACUACACUGAGAUGGUCAACGACACCAAACCGGAUAUCGUGGCGGCGACGGCGGCGUGUGAGGAGGUCAAGAAGAGUAAGAAGUUCGCGCGCAUGCUGGAACUCAUACUCUUGUUGGGUAAUUACAUGAAUUCGGGGAGUCGGAAUGCGCAAGCGUACGGGUUUGAGAUGAGUUUUCUAACGAAGUUGACUGGUACCAAGGACGUAAAUAAUAAACAAACGCUGCUUCACUACAUCGUCGAAACUGCUGAAACUAAGUUCCCCGAUUUGUUGAACUUUUUCGAUGAGAUGCCCCACAUUGAUAGAGCCAGUCGGGUUUCGCUAGACACCAUACAGAAAACUCUAAAACAGAUGGAUAGUAACAUUAGGAACUUACAAACGGAUAUUAAUAACAACAGGGUGCCUCAGGGCGAAGAUGAUAAAUUUUUGGAAGUUAUGGAGAAAUUCGCACAAGAUGCUCGAGAGCAGUGUGAUGUCUUACAGAACAUGUUUAAGAAAAUGGACAGUUUGUAUACCGAUCUUUCCGAGUACUACGUAUUUGACAAACAAAAAUAUACUCUGGAGGAGUUCUUCAGCGACCUGAAGACUUUCAAGGACAGUUUUAUUGAAGCUAAAAAAGACAACGAUAAAGAGAGAGAGCUGGAGGAAAAGAAAGAGAAGGCGAAACUAGCGAAAGAACAGGCGGAUCGAGAGAGGAAAGAGCGAGAAGCGAGAAAGAAAGCGCUGAUCGAUAUGAAUCCGUCGGAAACACAGGAAGGCGUCAUGGAUAGUUUGUUGGAGGCGUUAUCUACAGGAAGUGCCUUCAGUAGGGAGCAAAAGCGGAAACGAGGUUGUCGGCCUGCAGGUGCGGAGCGACGAGCGCAGUUGGUUAGGUCUCGGUCAAGGUCAGGGCUAAUAACGGGGAGAGAGCUAAUGAGUGAAAUUGCAGCGUGAACAGGACGCUCUGCAAGGAAUAACAACGAACUUGGUUAUUUUAAGCUCAAUUAACGUUAAUUUUAUUGUGUUAUUUAUUAAUCAGUUUAUCAAACGUCUUCCUUUGUACAUACAUGUUUGUAUAUUUGAAUCUCUUUCUUAUUUCCUUUUUUUGAUGCAGAGUAUGAGGCGUGGAAUUUUCCGUGGAGAAAGUAUAGAUAGCUUGAUGUAUCAUAAGAUUUUUUAUAAAAAGAGUGUGAAUAAGUAAAAAAUUAUAUUUUAAUACUUUAAUAAAUUAUUUUCAACGAUUGUUAAAA